AUGCUACCUUCCCCAGAAACAUCUGUCUCUUCCGAGGCCGCCGAGAGAACUCGGUCAAAGGCCAAUCCCGAACGUUCCGGGCCGUCGGGACCUCUGCAAGGCCAGAAGAGUCUAUUUCGAGUCCCCAUGUACCGGGCGUCCGGUGUUGGACAAUCAAAUAGAGAACGAUCCACGGAGCGCGUGUACCAUGCGCGGCGGCCGCACCGCAAGUCCCGCUCUGGCUGUCUAACUUGCAAGAGAAGACGAGUCAAAUGUGAUGAGACCCAACCUCACUGCCUGCGAUGCAAGAAGCAUGGCGUUACAUGUGCAUACACAGGCCCGGAAUGCUCAACCAACGAAAAGGGCGUUGUUUCUGUUUUCAUUCAGAAAAACCCUGAGUUGGUAUCGCCAAGCUCUAGCCAGUAUUCAAUGUAUCUCCGUGAAGUGGCAGAGAAAAUGGACGAGUUGCUGCAGCUAGGCUCAAAGAAGGGACAUUUGUCCGAUGCCGUUCGCGCUCUGCAUCAUUUCCAUUACGCCACCACUCCUACCAUUGCCAAUCAGCGCACACAGAUACUUUUGAGAAAUCAAAUCAUGCAAUUAGCCUUCAACACACCCCUUCUCAUGCACACCAUCAUAGCGGUGGCAACCUCCCAUCUUCGUUAUGUUGUGCCUGACAACACCGCUUACAAAAUGGCCGAAGCGUACCACUGGCAGCAGGCUAUCAGCCAGUAUUCCAAGGAGCUCGGUUGCGCUGUCGGUCCCCACAACAUGGACGCACUCUUCUCCACAUGUCUCCUCAUGACGGUCCACGUGUUCCAACUGGAGGAAUACAACCCCCGCAAGUCCUUUGUCUUCUCCAACGAUCCACAAGCCCUGAGCUGGCUCACUUUACAGGGCGGUCUGCGCCACCUCCUGGGGCUUACCAAACCCUGGCUGUGCAUCAGCAUGUGGUGGGACGUCUUCAUGGCGACUCGACAGGAGAGUCGAACUUUCGAGGAUCCCCCACCCGGGCGGGAGGGUCUCCACCCGGAGCUGGCUGAUAUCUGCGGUAUCGAUGACACAACCACAGAAGAGAGUAACCCGUACCUGGCGCCGCUGCGGAUGCUCUCGCUGCUACUGCCGGCCGAACGGUCCAUCAAGAGUUUCUCCAAGUAUACGACCUUCAUGGGCCGGUUGUUGCCGAGCUUCUGGGCGCAGCUAGCGGAGAAAGACCCGCCGGCGUUGAUCAUUCUCAGCUGGUGGUUGGCAAUGCUGGACUCCUGUCGGUGCUGGUGGGCGGAGACCCGGGUGCAUUCCGAGUGCGCGGCUAUCUGCAUGUAUCUCGAGGACAGCGAGGAUCCGCGCAUCUUGCGGCUGUUGGAGUUUCCGGCGAAGGUUUGCGGGUAUCUGCUCAGGCAUGUUCAGCAACGUGCUGAGAAGGAGGCACCCUUAAUUGAACCAUAUGAACCUGUCGGCUGCUAG